AUUUGCCAUGUUCCACAGUGUCAGGAUACCGAAAGAAAACAUACUGAAUAUAGCUGGAGAUGUCACAGCUGAAGGGAAGUACUCAAGUUCAAUCAAGGGUGUUAAAGAGCGUUUUAGGGCAGCUGUGGGAUCCUUGUCUGCUGGCAGAAUUCUGAUCACGGCAAUUUCCACAACCAAUUUAAAGCUUGCCUUAUCAAUAGCCAUUCGCUUCUCAGCAGCUCGCCAUCAGUUUGGACCAACUGAUGAUGAAGAAAUACCUGUUCUUGAAUACCAAACACAGCAAUGGCGUCUUCUUCCUUAUCUGGCUGCCGCAUAUGCCUUGGAUUAUUUCUCCAAAUCCCUGUUUACGAACUGCGUAGAAUUUUAUGCAGGCUUAUUGACAGAGCAAAGGAGUCGGAGACAAGCUGGUAUGGGACGUGAGAUUCAUGCCUUAUCUGCUGCCAGCAAACCACUGUCUUCUUGGACUGCUCAGCAGGCAGCCCGAGAAGCUUGUGGAGGACAUGGUUACCUUGCCAUGAAUCGUCUGGGUGAAAUCCGAAAUGACAAUGAUCCAAACUGCACAUAUGAGGGAGACAACAAUGUUCUGCUUCAGCAAACCAGCAACUACUUAAUGAGCUGGAUGAAUUGCGUAAGAGAUAAAGCUCCUUUUGAAUCCCCUUUUGGAACAGCAAAUGUUUUGCAAGACUACCAUCAUAUUCUUGGCUGGAAAUUCACAGCCAUUAGUGUUGAAGAUUGCAUGGACUCCUCAGUUCCUUUAGCAGCAUAUAAAUGGCUGGUUUGCUACCUGCUCCGAGAAAGCGACCUAAAGCUGAGCAAGGAGAAACAGUCUGGGCGAAGUGAUUUUGAGGCAAAAAACAACUGUCAGGUGUACUACUGUCGAUCAUUAGCCAUUGCUUUUAUUGAACAAACAGUCUUACAAAGAUAUCAUGACUACACUCAUGAUCCCAACAUACCAUCUACUCUGCAGCCAGUGCUUAAGAAUCUCAGUGCUCUGUAUGGACUCUGGUCUUUGAGUAAACAUCUGGCUGUGCUCUACCAAGGUGGCUAUGCUUCAGGUGAAGAAGCUGGUAGAUUUAUUCAGGAUGCUAUUCUGGAGCUCUGCUACAGGUUGAAAGAUGAUGCAGUUGCCCUGGUUGAUGUCUUUGCUCCUCCUGACUUCAUUCUCAACUCUCCGAUUGGUAAAGCUAGUGGAGAGUUAUAUAAAAAUAUGUGGGCAGAGAUCCUUCAAGGCAGCAAAGCUCUGAACAGACCUUCAUGGUGGGCAGAAUUUUGUAUUAAUAAACCUAUUACAGGCAGGCUGAGGUCAAGAUUGUAAACCAAACAACUUGUAAGAGGCUGGAUGGGCCUGAGAUGGAUACCAUAUUUCAAACAUCAGGAGGAAAUGAGACCGUAUGUCAAACACUGAAAAUGAAAGAGAUUUUCAUAGAGAAGUGCCAAGUUUUAAAAUAACUUUGAAAUCAAGUCCAACUUGGUCUCAGGGACUGUUAACAUAAUAAUGACAGGAGCAAGAGCAACACAUCUGCACGCUAUUCAUAUUUAGUCAAUUAAAUAAAGAAAAAUGAAGAUUCGCUAUGAUCACUGCUUUGCAAAGUUUCAAUAAAAGAAAUGUUCCAAUC